AUGGCAAGUUUCACCGUGGAGUACUAUCUUCCAGUAUUGGUUAUGGUUUUGAUGCAGCUUAUAUAUUCAGGUUUGACUCUUAGUACAAGAAUUGCCCUUGUGGAGGGUAUGAGUCCAAGGGUAUUUGUGGUAUAUCGUCAUGCUUUUGCAACCCUAAUUUUUGGUCCCAUUGCUUAUAUAUCAUCAAGGAGAAACUCUUCUUCAUGUUCAUUAAAUUUAAGGAGUUUUUCAUUGAUAUUCAUCACCUCUCUAAUCGGUGUUACAUUGUAUCAAAAUUUAUAUUUUGAGGGUCUAUAUCUAUCUUCUUCUUCAGUUGCAACUGCAAUGCUCAAUCUUAUUCCAGGAAUCACAUUUGUAAUAGCAGCUUUUGUAGGAAUGGAGAAAGUGAAUAUUAGAAGUUUGACAACUAUAGCAAAAAUAGUUGGGACAUUGAUAUGUAUUUGUGGAGCAAUGUGCAUUGCCUUGUUGAAGGGUCCAAAACUAUUAAAUGCAGAAAGCAUACCUUUGAAAUCAAUCAUGGCUACAGCUGUGGGAGGUGAUGAGAACAAUUGGUUGUUUGGUUGUCUGUUUCUUUUGGGAAGUAAUGUUUCUUGGGCAGUUUUACUCAUUUUACAGGUUCCAGCUUAUGCAAAUCAUCCUAAUUAUUUAUCACUAUCAGCAUGGAUGUGCUUAAUGGCAACAUUCCAAUCAGGACUAGUCACAUUAUUCUUGGAGCCAAAUCUAAAUGCAUGGAAAAUUAAUUCUCUACUUCAACUUGGUUGCUGUUUAUAUGCGGGAAUUAUGGCAUCUGCAGUUGCAUUUUGUCUCCAAGCAUGGUGCAUUAAAAAGAGAGGACCUCUCUUCUCUGCAAUGUUUAGUCCUCUUGGGACAUUAAUUGUGACUGUAUUAGCUGCCUUGUUUCUUCAUGAAGAGUUAUACACCGGAAGCUUAAUAGGCGCAAUUGGAGUGAUCAUUGGCUUGUACAUUGUGCUUUGGGGUAAAGCCGGAGAUGUGGUUGAUGUCAAAGAGAAGAUAGAUGCAAAAUUUAUGGUUAAUGAGACACAGGAAGUGACAUUUUCCAUGAAUGAAUCUUAUGGAGAAAGAAGUAGUAGAAUUGAUUUAGAAGAACCUUUUUUAACCAAUGUUGUAAAAAUAGAUCAUAGUGGUGAGACCUCAAGUGUUGUGUAA